AUGGAACAACGAAAAUGGGAGGACUUAGAUAAGGACUGUUUGGUGAAAGUGUUUGAGAAAGUUGAUAUGGAGUCGCUACUCUUGGAUAUUCCUUUUGUUUGCAAGUCAUGGCACAAAGAAACACUAAAUCCUUCUUGCUGGAAUAGUCUCAUCUUUCCGGACUUUGAACCUGAAUUUCCUUACAAUGAACGUGAUUAUCCAAUCUUUGACAGAUUUGUUUCUGAAUUUGGCCUUGAUAGGGAUCACUUCUCUGUAACUGCCUUUAUAAAGUUUGUUGUCAAUCGUAGCCAAGGAAAUGCUGUUUCUCUCAAGCUACCUGGAUGCUCGUCCCUAGAAGCCUUUGAAUAUGUUACAGAUGAGUGCCCUAACAUUAUGUUUUUUGGUUUACCAAGAUGUUUGUUGUGGAAAGACGACAUCGAUCUGGAAUUGAUGGGCAAGUUCAAGAACUUGUUCAUGUUGGCCUUGGGCUGCAGCACUUAUUUGGACAGAGUUCUUGCAGUAGUCAACAAACACUGCAAGCUUUUUUCUCAUUUGAUACUGUCUAAUGCCCAAAUUGGUAAGAAAGAGGCUACGGCAAUUGUCAACUUAAUCCCUGAUAUUAAGCUUUUGAGCCUGAAUGAUGCACAGAUUGAUCGGGAUUAUCUUAUCAUAUUACUGAAGGGCUGCAAAGAACUUGUGAUGUUGGAAGCCAAGGAUUGUAUUGGUUUCGAUGAGGGUGAUGAUGAAAUAGCAAAGAUGGCUUCUCAUGUCAAAAGCUUUCACUAUCGAGUCAAAGAAAUAGGUUCAAUGUUUGCAGAGAUUGAUGCAGAGGCAGAGGUUGAUGGAGAGGGUGAGGGUGAGGGUGAGGGAGAGGGAGAGGUUGAUAUUGAAGAUAGGGUUGAACCUUGA